AUGGCUAAUCAAAUCCUUUUCCCGCCCCCGCCGGCGCCGGAGUGCCAUUGUGGCCUCGAGGAGUUCUACUACAUCCAGAUGGAAAAGUACGCGCGACAGGCGAUCAGCGAAGGCCUGAAGGCCGCAGAUGACCUCCACGUAGCUGGCGACUCAGAGCUGUACAGGGUGCUCAAUCUGCACUACAACAGAAAUAACCACAUCGAGGUCCCGCCCAACUUCAGAUACGUGGUAGAGCAGACGCUGCGCGAGUUCUUCCGCGCUAUCCAGGGCGGCAAGGACACCGAGCAGAGCUGGAAGAAGUCCAUCUACAAAGUGAUCUCGCGGCUCGACGACCCCGUGCCCGAGUACUUCAAGUCGCCGAACUUUCUCGAACAGCUCGAA